AUGGGAAAAAAGAAAAACAAGAACGUUACUCGUCCAUGGUGCUGGUAUUGUGAAAGAGAUUUUGAUGAUGAAAAAGUUUUAAUCCUACAUCAAAAAGCAAAGCAUUUUAAAUGUCCUCAUUGUAGUAAAAAAUUAAACACGGCGGGUGGAAUGGCUGUUCAUGUAGACCAGGUUCACAAAGAAAAAAUUGACACGGUUCCAAAUGCAGUAAAAGGACGGGAAUCCAUGGAUAUAGAGAUAUUCGGCAUGGUAGGAAUUCCCCAAGCCGAUAUGAAAGCGUUUGAAACUAACCAUCCACCACUAAAGAGGGUUAAAACCGAAGAGGUUUUAGAACUUUCUGGUGAGGAAAUUAAAAAACAACUUGCUCAGCAUCAAGCAAUGAUGCAAAAUGUUCCAACAGCGGGUCAAUCAUUCCCUUACUCUGGUUAUACUGCACAACAAAAUAUUUCAUCGUUGAUACCUCACCAGUACAGUCAGUUUUAUCAAAGGCCUGGUGUUAAUUUAGCUCAAACAUAUUUACCUAUUUCUCCAUACCGACCGAGUCAAGUUCCUGAACAAUGGCGUCCUCCAUUAUCUAGUGUCAGUCAACCAUCAUAUGGAAUAACCCAACCUCCAUAUGGAGGGCAGAUUCAACCAUCUACAACGGGAACAUCGGCGAUCUAUUCGAAUAAUAAUAUUGCACCUACAUCUCAAAUUUACUCACCAAAACUAAAUGUUGGAAUUCUUCCAUCAGCUCCUUCCGCUGGUGAAGCGACUACAAAUGAAACUGAUAUAAAUAACGCAACACAAUCAACCUCUAUUCCGACAGCUCAAAAACCAUUGCUAAAGAUCUUAUUAGUUUAUAAAGAUAAUGAAGUUUCGAUGGAAGAAAAAAGGGCAGAGCUUGAAAAAUAUCGAUAUAAAGAUGAUCAAUUCAUACAGCAGGAGCAUUCUUUCGAACCGCCUGUUCGAUUUCGUGCUGCAAACUUUAAUGAGAGGGUUGUAAUAUGA